AUGAAUGCAUUUUCUUUUAGGAAAUUGGAUUUGCUCAAAAAAUCCAACCUUUUUCUUUCAAUCAAGUCCCAUGCUUUGUAUUUUUCCAACUUAACCGCAGAAAUCCUACGCUCUCAAUCCUUUUCCCUCCCUGAAAAGGUUGCUUCUUAUUUGGAAAACUGUCCAGAUACGAGUUCUUUAAAGAAGCUGCAUGCUUGGGUGAUUACACAGGGUCUUGACGGGAACGUAUUUGUGGGUUCCAAGCUUCUUCAUACCUUAGCAAAAUUCAAUCUUUUGACGGAAUCCAAAUGGGUUUUCAACAAAAUCAUCAACAACAAUCUUUCUGUUUGGAAAUCAAUUAUUGUUGGAUAUUUCAGAACCGAUCAACAUAAUGAAGUUUUAGGGGUUUAUGUGAAUUUGAGGCAGAAGAAUAUAGGGGUUCAUGGUUCAGCAAUCAUUUUUGGGUUGAAAAGUUGUGUUCAGUUGGGCGCGUAUGAAUUUGGAAGGAAUCUUCAUACGGAUGCUUUUAAAUUUGGAUUGAGUUGUGAUCAGUUUGUGGGUUCGUCACUUGUUGGAUUUUACUCUAAGUGUGAUCAAAUUGACGAAGCAGCUAAAGUGUUCGAUGAAAUAAUUGACAGAGAUGUGGUUGCUUAUACUUCGAUAAUAACUGGAUAUGCUCAAGUCGGCGAUCGUCAUGCUGACAACGCUUUUAGCGUCGCGCGUGAUAUGCAGAGAGAUGGAUUUGAGCCUAAUAGGGUAACACUGGUGAGUUUAUUGCAGUGUGCAUCACGAUUAGGAGCACUGCAUGAAGGAAGAUCUAUUCAUGGCUAUGCAAUUAGAAGAAGAAUUGGUUGUCCGGAUGAAGUAUUUGAAACAAGCAUCAUGGAUAUGUAUAUAAAGUGUGGUGAUCUACAAGGUGGCACCGUGAUUUUUGACAAGAUGAGCAAAAAGGCUACUGGUUCUUGGAAUGCCUUGAUUUCUGGUCAUCUUCAGAUGGGGCAGCCAUUGGAAGCUUGUAACCUUUUUCUCCAAAUGGUUAAUAAAUGUAAUCUUGAUCUGAUUGCUUUGGCAAAUGGACUAUUGACUUGUGCAGAUUUGGGAUAUUUGCUUCUGGGAAAGGCAAUUCAUUGCCGCAUACUUCGCAGAGGAGUCAAUCUCGAUCUUGUUGGUACCACAGCUUUAAUGGAUAUGUAUUGUAAAUGUAAGCACUUAACUGCUGCGAUGAACAUCUUCCACAGAACAGACACCAAGGAUGAUGCUCUAUUUAACGUGAUGAUUGCUGGUUAUCUCCAUAAUGGAUGUGUAUUCAGAGCCAUAGAGACAUUUUGUGAAAUGGUCGCUAUGUGUGUUAGACCAAAUACUGGAACAAUUAUCAGUGUGCUUUCUGCAUUGUCUGAUAUGGGCAGCAUACGUGCAUGCAAGUGCAUUCAUGGAUACGUGUUCAGACAAGGCUUGGAAGCAAACGUUGACAUAGCAAAUCAACUUAUAACUAUGUAUGCAAAAUGUGGCAUCAUUAAAUGCGCUAGGCAAGUCUUUGAUAGGACAAAGAUGAAGGAUAAGGUAUCAUGGACAUCAAUGAUGACUGGUCUAGUGAACCACGGGCUUGCGAAUGAAGCAAUGACCUUGUUUGGGCUGAUGCAAAGAGAAAAUCAACACCCUGAUGCUGUGACAUUUACAUGUCUGCUUCAAGCAUUGAAUCAGCUUGGAUCUGUAACUUUAGCAAAAGAAGUACACGGUCAACUCUAUCGAGUAUUCCUAGAGAAAGAUAUAACAUUGAUGAAUUCUCUUAUUGCUACCUACAGCAAAUGGGGAAAAUUAAAAAUGGCUGGCCAUUUGUUUGAGCACAUGGCUGAAAAGCAUUUGUCAUCUUGGAAUACUAUGAUUGCUGCAUACGGUACACAUGGGGACUGUGUUCAGGCCCUCAAAUUGAUGGACCAGAUGAAAAACAAGAACGUUGCUCCUGAUGGAGUUACAUUCAAGUCAAUACUCUUAGCUUGCAGCCAUUGCGGAUUCGUAGAAGAGGGGCUUCAUGCUUACAGCUCCAUGCAGGAAGAAUACGGAAUCACUCCAUCAGAUGAGCAUUAUGGUUGUAUGGUGGAUUUAUUAAGUCGAGCAGGUCGGGUGGAAGAAGCCUACAAUCUUCUAAAACAUGUCCCUUCAAGACGGAAUGCUUCAGCGAUCGGUGCUCUGCUUGCUGCUUGCAGAAUUCAUGGAAAUUCCGAAAUGGGAGAAAGAGUAGGUCAAUGGCUAUUGGACAUCGAGCCGCAGAAUGCAAGCGCCUAUUGCUCAGUAUCAAAUUUUUAUGCUGGAGAAGGAAAAUGGGAUGAAGUAGCACAUUUAGGAGCUGUUGCCAAAGGAAAGGGUCUGAAAAGAACUCCUGGAUAUAGCCUCAUAGACUUUUAA